GCAAAAUGCACACCCAACGGCUAUAAUUCCGGUGUGGCUUUCUUUCUCUUCAACAUCUUUACCUGAGAUUCAAGAACCAGGAGAAUUCAUCGGAACUGAAAUGCCACAAGCUCAAAAUUUCCUCUGUCUUUGUGGAACAUCUCAUUCCCAAUAAUUUUUAUAAAGUCAGUCUCGCUUGCCCAUUUACCUCUUGAUUCUUUCAGUUUGUAAAGAAUCCACUCUCCUUUGGGAAAACAAUAAAAAAGUAGUAGAGCAACACGUCUUUUCACCCCAACAUCUUCUGCAUUCUGCAUUCUCCCCUGGGGUGUAAUUUGCUUUUCUUUUUUUUUUUUUUUUUUUUAAGUUUAAUUUUUGUUUUUCAUUUUGAUGAUUUUGGGGGGUUUUGUCAGUGAUAAUCUUGAAAAGCUCUCAUCUUUGGAGUUUCUUGAUCAUACCCUCCCUCUCCCCCAUUAGGGCAUCUCCUGUGAUGUAAUCUGUCUUGGAAGACAAAGUUUGGGUCUUUCAGGCUGGUUCUUUGGAUCCAAAUCUGUUUCUUGUUUCAAUUUUUAAUUUUUUUUUUUUGGUAUUUUAUAGAUUUUGUUUUUUGUGUGUGUUUGUGUGAAUAUGUUUAGCUUCAUUUUUUCUCUUUAGGAUUAUUUUUGGGUCCAGUUUUUCUUAUAUUUUUGCCUAUCCAAUAUCCAUUGUUCCUAUAUAUAUUUGUUAAAUUGUUUAUUGGAGAUAGGAACCUUGUAGGCAAUAAGAUAAGAGGAGAAAGGGAUCCUUGAAGAAUUUAUAAGGGUAAAAGUUAAGGCUAUAUAGAAAGAAAGAAGCUUCACAAUGUCUGCUGUGGAUUUGGCUUUGUCUAGUCCUUUUGAAGAAGAGUCAGUGAGGUCUAGCAGGCACAGCAAUGGCACGAACGAGUCGAUUGUGAUUUAUAUAACGGUGGGUGGUUUCGUGAUUCCCAUGCGUGUUUUGAAGUGUGAUUCCAUAGCUUCAGUGAAGCUGAGGAUACAAACAUGCCAAGGGUUUGUAGUGAAGAGACAGAAGCUAGUUUUUGGAGGGAGGGAGCUGUCCAGGAAUGAUUGUUUGGUGAAGGACUAUGGUGUUGUGAAUGGGAAUGUUGUGCACCUCAUUCUUAAGCUCUCUCAUCUCCUUAUCAUCAAUGUUAGCACCACUUGUGGGAAGGAUUUUGAGUUCCAUGUUGAUAGGCAUCAGAAUGUUGGGUAUCUCAAGCGAAAGAUUGCCAAGGAAGGGAAAGGGUAUUUCGAUCUCGAGGAUAAGGAUCUUUUCUGUAAUGGCGAGAAGCUUGAGGACUUGAGGCUCAUUGAUGAUAUCAAUAAGAACACUGCUGAUGCUGUGGUUCACUUGGUAGUUGAGAAAUCGGCUAAGGUUUGGGCGAAGCCCGUUGAUAGGGACGUUGAGCUGUCUGUUGUUGCAGCUAAUUCGAAUUCGAAUUGGAACGAGAAGAAGCCAGAAGUUACCAGAGAGCCUACCCGAGAUCUCCAAGCUUUGUCCAGAAACAAGUCCUCCCCACAUGGAGGAGAUGUCCUUUUGGAGCCAAUUAUUGUGAAUCCAAAGGUUAAAUUGGCUCAGUCUUUGUGGGAUAUAAUGGAUUCUGCACUUGAUGGGUUGGUGAAAGGCAAAACGCCUAUUAGAUCGUCUGAAGGCACCGGGGGAACCUACCUUAUGUUGGAUGGAUCAGGGAAAAAGUAUGUUGCUGUGUUUAAGCCUAUCGACGAGGAACCGUUGGCUGUGAAUAACCCUCGGGAGCUACCUUUGUCAUCAACCGGUGAGGGGCUCAAGAGGGGAACCAGAGUCGGGGAAGGUGCCUUUAGGGAGGUUGCAGCCUUUUUACUCGACCAUCCAAAGACCGGCCCUCGCUCAGGCGGGGAGAUUGGGUUCUCCGGGGUGCCUCCCACAGUCAUGGUUCAGUGCUUGCACAAUGGCUUUCACUACCCGGAUGGAUUCCAGUGGUCACCCGAGAACAUCAAAAUCGGUUCACUCCAGUUGUUCAAGAGUAACUAUGGGAAUUGCGAGGACAUUGGACCUCAGGAUUUCCCGGUCGAGGAGGUGCACAAGAUCUGCAUCUUGGAUAUUAGAACUGCCAAUGCAGAUAGGCAUGCCGGGAACAUUCUCGUCAGCAAAGGUGAAGACGCCCGCACUUUGCUUACACCAAUCGAUCACGGCUACUGCUUGCCCGAGAAAUUUGAAGAUUGCACAUUUGAUUGGCUGUACUGGCCACAAGCCCGGAAGCCAUUCUCAGCAGAGGCGAUCGAGUACAUAAAGACGCUGGACGCUGAGGAAGACAUUGCACUUCUGAGAUUCCACGGGUGGGAGCUGUCGUUGGAAUGUGCUCGAGUGCUGCGUAUCUCCACCAUGCUAUUGAAAAAAGGGGCAGAGAGAGGACUGAAUCCUUUCGCAAUUGGGAGCAUGAUGUGCAGGGAGAACCUGAACAAGGAAUCCUCGAUUGAGGAGAUAGUUCGCGAGGCUCAAGAGUUGGAGUCCAUGGAGUCGAUGGCUGCUCGGGGCAGUAAGAGUGAAACUGAAUUUCUUCAGACUGUGUCGGAGCUCAUGGAUGUCCGGCUCGAGAGCCUAUUGAAGAAGGAUGAUGAUGUUGAUAAGUAUGGUAAAAAGUAAUAUAUGUGUGUAUAGAAGAAGAGAGAAUGGCCAGUGAAGUCCAUAGAUGGACAGAAGGGUCCUAAUAUAUAGUGAUUAUAGGUGGAUGAUCAACUCUUUUGUGUGUGGUCUGAAGCCCCCUUUUUUCUCCCCUUUUUGGAUCAACUUUCUCACACUAUGUGACUCUUUGAUAUGUUUAAGGGAGAGAAGUUGGAUAAUAAGUAAAAAUAAAGUUUGGUUAGA